AUGGUGGCUCCUGCAUCGGCAGGAGCGAAUGCGCAAUCCGCAGCAGCCCGCCAGCGGCCCAACUCGUCGUAUCCCUCGUACGGCCACAAUGUGCCAUUGAGUAUUCGUCGCUCGACGCCAUUGGACCUUUCGACCGUGGAGCGCCGUGGUCAGCCCAGCGCGACUCGAGAACCAACGAAGCGGGUGCGCCCUCACGGCCUACAGGAGGCUCCUACCUUCCGCCCUACCGAAGAGGAAUUCAAAGACCCAUGCGAAUACAUUCGAAAAAUAGCUCCGGAAGGCGCCAAAUAUGGUAUAUGCAGGAUUAUUCCACCAGAGAACUGGAAUCCGCCUUUCGCGGUGGAUACAGAGCGCUUUCAUUUCAAAACUCGUCGUCAAGAGCUUAAUUCGGUCGAAGGAGGUAUGCCCCAGCGUUCAACAGUUGCUGUUGCCGGUGGAGCUUCCCAGGACCAGCGUUCUGACCCAGAAUCAGGCACCCGGGCGAAUUUGAAUUAUCUCGACCAACUGUCCAAAUUCCACAAACAACACGGCACCAACCUGAACCGAUUCCCGAGCGUCGAUAAACGACCGUUGGAUCUAUACAAAUUGAAGAAAGCCGUGGAAGUCCGAGGGGGUUUUGACCAAGUCUGUAAGCUGAAAAAAUGGGCUGAAAUCGGGCGCGAUCUGGGCUACAGUGGCAAAAUCAUGUCCUCACUCUCCACUUCACUCAAAAAUUCAUACCAAAGAUGGCUGCAGCCUUACGAAGAAUAUCUUCGUGUUGCUAAACCUGGAGUGCAGCAGCAAUUGGAAGUUGAACAAGGUGGGCCAUAUACACCAUCUCCGAAUCGCUCGCCAGUAGCCAAGCGACCCAUGUCCGCUACCCCUUCGAACCCACAUCCAGAGUCCCCCGCAAUCCGAGCCUCUUAUAUCCUCAAUGCUUCGAUCGAGACCGAGGGAACCCCUGACGGCCCGACACCUCCUUCCGAAGUUCCUGCGCGACCUGCUUCUGGUUUUAUAGCAGUCAACAAGCCCAGCGGCUUCACGCCUGUCAACCGCUCGCCGUCCUUUAUGACUGUUAACAACGUUCCACAGGUGAAAAAUGAGAACGAGAUUGGCUCAUCAACCCCGAAGAGCAUUGCCCCGCAUCCUGGGAAGGAUGUUGAAGCCAAGCAAACUCCCAUCACCAAUGGAGAUGGUGCUCAUCUACUAAAGCGGGCAAUUAGCCAUGAUAGUCUCGCUACAGACUCACAAGCUGAUUCCCCGGACCCAGAUGGCUCUGGCCGGAGAAGCAAAAGACUGCGCAAAGACGGUGUUCCAAUGGUCGCAGGCUCUCACAUGAGUCUUCUUCGCCCGACACCUUCGAAGGGGAAACCAAAGACUGGCACGCGCAAGACUGGCGAAAAAUGUGAAUCGUGUGGAAAGACCGACAGCCCGCAGACGAUCUUCGUUUGCGACAGUUGUGACAAUGGAUAUCACAAAGCCUGCCUCGACAACUCGCUGAAUGCGGACCCGGAUUAUGACUGGCAUUGUCCCAAAUGCCUUGUUGGAACUGGCGAAUUUGGCUUCGAGGAAGGUGGCAUCUAUUCACUCAAACAAUUUCAAGAAAAAGCGAACAAUUUCAAGAAGAGCUAUUUCGCCCCUCGAAUGCCUUUUGACCCAGUCCUCAAUACGCAACGUCGUGAAACGGAGGAUGACGUCGAACGCGAGUUCUGGAGACUGGUCGAGAGCUUGACGGAGACUGUCGAGGUCGAGUAUGGAGCUGACAUUCAUUCCACAACACAUGGAAGUGGUUUCCCCACAAUUGAAAGAAAUCCUCUGGAUCCAUAUUCCCACGACCCCUGGAAUCUGAAUGUGAUGCCUUUUUAUGGCGAGUCUUUGUUUCGGCACAUCAAAUCUGAUAUUUCCGGCAUGACUGUGCCUUGGGUCUACGUUGGCAUGUGCUUUUCCACCUUCUGCUGGCACAAUGAAGAUCAUUAUGCAUACUCUGCCAAUUAUCAGCACUUUGGUUCGACAAAGACUUGGUAUGGUAUUCCUGGGAAGGAUGCUGAGGCUUUUGAAGGAGCGAUGCGUCAAGCCGUCCCAGAACUGUUUGAAACGCAGCCUGAUCUCCUCUUCCAGCUGGUAACACUUCUACCCCCAGACCAGCUGAGGAAAGCAGGCGUCAACGUCUAUGCACUCGACCAAAGAGCUGGUCAAUUCGUUAUCACGUUCCCUCAAGCAUACCAUGCAGGUUUUAAUCACGGCUUCAAUUUCAAUGAAGCUGUCAAUUUCGCCCCGACCGAUUGGGAGCCAUUUGGUGCGCUUGGUGUCGAGCGGCUCCAAGCUUUCAGAAGACAGCCAUGCUUUUCGCAUGAUGAGUUGUUGCUAACAGCCGCAGCUAGAGAUUCUUCAAUUAAAACUGCGAAAUGGCUUGCUCCGGCCUUAGCCCGUGCUGUUGAUAGAGAAAUAGCGGAACGUGAAUCUUUCAUCUCGCGUCACAAGGAGAUCUAUCCACACCAGUGUAAGUUCAGUGGCGAGGAUUGGUCUGCGGAUGCAGAAUGCAAAACACAGUUUGUAGUGGAAGAGGAAGAUCUUCCAGAGGAGGAUUAUCAAUGCCAUUAUUGCAAGGCCUAUACUUUCUUGACUCAAUUCCGGUGUCACAGCACAGGCCGCACUAUUUGCCUGACCCAUGCAGAUACUUACGACUGCUGCGGUAUACCCACUGCUCAGCGGAUGAUGGGAGACAACCAUACAUUACGAUAUCGGUUGACAGAUGACUCUCUAAGGAAGUUGGUUCAGAAGAUCAAGGAGCGUGCCGGGAUCCCUGAAGCAUGGAGUGAGAAGUUGGAUAAGGUGCUGGAGGAUGAAACCAAGCCCCAGCUAAAGGUCCUCCAUAGCCUCCUAAACGAAGGUGAGAAAAUCCCUUACCACUUGCCCGGCCUUCAAGACCUGGCGGCUUUCGUUCAGCGGUGCGACAAGUGGGUGGAAGAAGCCAAUAACUACAUCACGCGGAAGCAGCAAAACCGCAGGAAGAACGAGAAAGCCUGGCGUAAAGGCACUUCCAAAGCCGCCCAGCUUGAAGAACGCGACCGUGAGCUUCGCAGAGUGGAAAAUAUCCACACUCUACUUGCAGAGGCUGAUAAACUGUCGUUCGACUGUCCACAGAUGGCGGCCCUGGAAGAGAAGACCCGCGAAAUCGAGAAAUAUCGUCAGGAGGUCCAUACCGCCCUCAACUCUAGUACACAGUCCAUCUCCGAGAUAGAGGAAUUGGUUGAAUCAAGUCGCAACUUUAACGUGGAUCUUCCCGAGGUCGAGAAACUUGAGACUAUGCUUCAACAGAUGAAAUGGAGGGAACAGGCCCGAUUACAGCGCGACCAGCAGCUUACUCUCAAGGACGUUCAGGAGCUGAUCCAACAGGGCGAGGAACUUGGCCUUACCGAAAGCGAUCAGGAUCUGCAACAUUUUAAAGCCCUUUACCAGUCCGGCGAGGCAUGGGAAGCGAAGGCUAAGGAACUGAUGGCUGUCGAGGCUGUCCACUACGUCCAGCUGGAAGCGCUGUCGGCCCAGGCUUCAAGGUUUCCCGUAUCCCCAGAAACACGUGCCCAGGUUGACGCGAUUUUGACCAAGCAGCGCGAGGCCCAGAAGCAUAUCCAGACCCUCUAUGAACGUAGUCAGGACCCAGAUCUCCGCAAGCGGCCUUCGUACAAAGAAGUUCGAGAAUUGAUGGAGUCACUCGAACAACUUAAUAGUCGACCCGUUGGGGCUCUUGAUUUAGAGCGCGAACAAAAGCGCCACGAGGACUGGAUGCGAAAGGGCAAGAAGCUUUUUGGCAAGGCAAAUGCUCCGCUUCAUAUUUUGAAAUCUCACAUGGAAUUCGUGGAGAAGAAGAAUGCCGCAUGCUUUGAUUUGGAAGAUCGUUGCCGACCGCCUGUUGAACCUUCUUCGCGGGCCAAAUCGCGCAAAAGAGAUGUCUUCUGCAUUUGUAGACAACCCGAAGCUGGAAUGAUGAUUGAAUGCGAGAUUUGUCACGAAUGGUACCACGGUAAAUGCUUGAAGAUUGCACGAGGCAAGGUCAAGGAGUAUGAUAAAUAUACUUGUCCCGUAUGUGACUGGCGGAGGAAGAUUCCCCGUGAUGCGGCACGCCCUAAGCUGGAGGACCUACAGGACUGGCAGGCAGAAAUUGCAGGUCUCCCCUUUCAACCGGAUGAGGAGGAUGUUUUGGAAAAUAUUGUCAAGGGAGCAAUGCAAUUUCGAGAAUUUCUUCACAGCUCUACUAAUGCGGCUUGCACAACAAGCGAAGAGGUUCCGACAUUAAUUUUUUAUCUUCGCAAAAUUGAAGGUGCUGAAGUGCUUCUUGCCUAUGAAACAAACUUCUUCCGUCAAGAAAUUCACAAAUGGGCUCCAGUAGCCCCAGAGCCUCCUCCAAUCUUGGAACAGUCUCUUUCAACUCGAAAGCCUCGUCCUACGAAGAGUCAAAAGAUCAUGGCUCAGCUAGGUGUUGAUCGCGUUGAAGAUCUCCCCGUUCACCUCCGUCCUAAAGCGAGCCACGCAAAUAAGCGCAAGUCUAUGGAUGCAUCACAAACAACCCGCACCCAAUCGUCUUCUGUGGGGGCUGAUGGCAGUACAAAUGGGAAUCCACAGGCUCUCUCCGGAAGCACCGAUGGUGUAUUAAGUGCAGGACCCAACAAUUUCUUUUCUGGCGACUAUACAAACCAAGCAAGAGAUUCUAGUCCAUCAUUGCUUCUCUCUUCAACACCAGAGCCUGGCCCAUUACUUACGCAAGCAGCUAAUCAGUCGCCAACAUUUCCGCCGCGCUCACCUCGUGGUCUUGAUCAGCCCCUUUUUAGUGCUCCGUCUGCCUUCCGGAACCCGCAAGAGAACGUUUCUGCAGUGGAAAUUGACACCAGCAAUCCUUUCGGCAGCAGUCCACCCCGUCAAGAAAUAAACGAUGUCUUUGCGGCAUUAACCAAUGAAGAUGCCGAUAAUGUCGAGCUGAUGGAGAACACCCAUGCAAACGAAGCAUUGGAGGCAUUAGACGUCAGCAACGAGGACGAGCGCGAAAGUUCCGGUUCUAUAGUUGAUGACGGAAACCGCGGCGAAGAUACCGAUGGAUUUUGAUUCAUGAAUAUGAUGUAAAACAAUGGAGUUUUCAAAGUGGUUUGAUGGAUUUUGAUCGCAUUUGGGCGCACACAAUACUAGUAGGAACUCGGGCGUCUUUGGUUUCGUUUCUCGUCUAGGAGGCGCGUUUAGCUAGAAAAGCAUGGCGU